CGUGAGUAGAGUUCAUAUGUACCAUUAUCAAUUGGCGAUUAAACAGCUCAUCGAUGUCUUGUGUGUUUUCUUUACGUACCUAGGUAGUUUAGUAUUUUAUUCUCAUUCUUACAUUUUAGAGCAUCCAUCACAAGGAAUGCCAGAGCUUAUGAAUUCGGCAUGUCAAAACCAUCUUAACUAAUCUCGCACCCAUUUGUGGUGACUGAGGAACAAAAAGUCUCAUCAAGCUCCACCGCUCUAAAGAAGGACUGAGAAUCGUACGGUCAAACUGGAGAAAAAAAAAAGGAAAAAAAGGAAAAAUAAGAAGUAGUUAAAACCCACCAGCUUUUUAAUUAAAUAUACGACAGCUACCAUCUUCUACAUCUGGAUCACAUGGUUCUUACACCAUCAGCCGCCGCGAUGGAUCCUUUGGUUGCUGCAGAGCUCGAAAAAUUUACUGAUGACAUUCCCUUCCGCGCCAAGGCCAAUCAUGUCCACAGCACCUGGGCCAAGACCUUCCUGUCGCGGCCGGAGCUCUACCUCCAACCGGAGACCCUGCCCGAGAUCGAGAAGAUCGUGAAGCUAGCCCAUCAAUGCCGGCGCCGCAUCACCACUACCGGCUGCGGCCAUUCACCCAGCUCACUGACCUGCACUUCGUCCUGGCUGGUAAACCUUGACAAGUACAACCGUAUCCUAAAUGUGGAUGUUGAGAGUGGCGUCAUCGUCAUGCAGUCAGGCAUCCGGCUGUACGCGCUGUGCGAGGAGCUCGAGAAGCACGGCCUCGCGAUGCCCAACCUCGGCAGCAUCAACCAGCAGUCCAUCGCCGGCGCCAUAUCCACCGGAACCCACGGGUCCAGCCUCCGCCACGGCCUCAUGUCCGAGGACGUCCUCUCCCUACGCAUCACCAUCGCCGACGGCACCACCCGGUUCUGCUCGCCCGAAGACAACCCCGAGCUGUUCCGGGCCGCGCUCAUCUCGCUCGGCGCCCUCGGCAUCAUCACCGAGGUCACCUUCCGCGCCGUCCCCGAGUUCAUCCUGAGGUGGCAGCAGGUCAUCGACGCCGACUCCAAGAUGCUCAACGCGUGGGAGAAGGACCUCUGGACGCAGACCGAGUUCGUGCGCGUGUGGUGGUACCCGUACACGCGGCGGGCCGUCGUCUGGACCGCGGAAAAAACCGACUCCUCCCCGCUCGUCGACCCCCCAACAUCCUACUACGACGGCGCGCUCGGCUACUACAUCUACCACAACCUCCUCUACCUCUCGCAGUUCUGCCCCCGCGCGCUCCCCUGGAUCGAGUGGUUCGUCUUCGGCAUGCAGUACGGUUUCCGCAACGGCACGCGCAGCCGCGCCGUCCAGCCGUCCCGCAGGGCCCUGCUCAUGAACUGCCUGUACUCGCAGUUCGUCAACGAGUGGGCCAUCCCCCUGCGCCGCGGCCCCGAGGCCCUGCGCCGCCUCUCCAGCUGGCUCAACCGCCUGCCCCCCUCGGACCCCGACUACGUGCCCCACGGCAUCCCGUUCUCCGCCGAGGGCCUGUACGUCCACGCGCCCGUCGAGGUGCGCGUCUCCAACACGGACCCCGCGGCCAACGAGAAGGCGUCGCAGCCGGAAAAAACCCGCCCCUUCCUCGACCCGACCGUCCGCGACGGCGGCGCGACGCUCUAUCUCAACGCGACGCUGUACCGGCCCUACUACACGGAUCCCCCCUGCACGGAGCGCUACUACGAGGCGUUCGAGUGGCUGAUGCGCGAGAUGGGCGGGCGCCCGCACUGGGCGAAGAACUUCGAGACGCGCGGGGCGGAUAUCGAGGGGAUGUACGGCGAUGAUUUGCGGAGGUGGAGGGAGGUGCGUGAUGGUGUUGAUCCGGAGGGCUUGUUUGCGGGGCCGUGGCAUAGGAGGUAUGUGCUUGGGGAGGAGGGGCCGCUGUUGGAGCUGGAGG